AUGGCUGCGGCUGCUGUCUGUGGAACCAAAAGAGCAUACUUCUUCGACGACGAAAUCACCUCCAGUAUCCCGCUUCUAAAACGUAUCCGCUGCACCUCUCCAGCUCCCAUCUGCCCACAACCAGCUCCAAAAGAAAACCCAGUUCCUAAUAACCCUGUUCCUGCCAAUGGCGAACAAUGGGUGGAGCUAUUAGUGAAAGAGAUGAUGAGCGCAACAAGCGUGGACGAUGCAAAAUCGCGGGCAGGGAAAGUCCUUGAGAUGCUUCAGAAAGUUAUUAGCGAUCGCGUGACAGAAGAGGCGGCGAAGAGUUUCGAAGCAGUGGAUCAUGCGAUAAAAGAAAGGGUCGAAGCUUUGAGCGAGGAGAAUGGAGUGCUGAAGCGGGCUGUGGUUAUUCAGCAUGAGAAGCUGAAGGAAGGGGAAGAGAAAAGGAAAGAAUUGGAGCAGUGUAAGGAGAUGGUAGGAAAGUAUCAGGAGAAGGUUAGGAUGCUUGAGGUUAACAAUUAUGCUUUGUCAGUGCAUUUGAAUCAAGCUUUGCAGGGAAAUUCCCUUGGUGGUGGGCGUUUUCAUCCUGAUGUGUACUAG